AUGGGAUCUCUUCAGAACAAAGGCUUGUGCCGCCGGAGCAGAAGUUCUAGGAUUCUUUCUGGGAUACGUUGGCGACGUAUCAGCAGGCCACCGCCGGCAGGGCGGUCGCGUCGGACGCAGACCCCGACUGAGCAGGAGGCGCUGCUCGAGUCCUACCGCUCCGCCUGCGAGAUUCGCCUCGCCAGCUGGCGGUACCGGCAACGGGUGGCGGAGGUGGCGGCCGCCGGCAAGGAGUGCGACGACGAGGCGGGCGAGGCAUUGUUCGGCGAGACCAACGAGGAGGACAUCGCCGAGGCCGUGCCCCGGCGCCACGACCACGAAGAAGUCGGCACGUCCGCGGUACCCCACUCAGACUCACAGUUCAAAUUACAAAGUCAAUGCCAGCAAGCUCCAGCACCCUCCGCCCUCCAGCACCCUCUCGGCCCUCCAACUCCAAGAUCUGAAUCAAGAAAACCGCCGGCGAUGGGCUGCAUGGGCCGGUGCUGGGACAAAUGCAAGUGGCCACUAGCGUGCUUCGCCGCCCUCGCCGCCGUCAUCAUCAUCGUCGUCAUGGUCGCCGCCUACAGCUUCGCCAUCCAGCCAUCCAUCACCGUCGAGGACGCCUCGCUGGCCAGGUUCGCGCUGGCGACCACCCCGACGACGUCGCUCGGGUACAACCUCUCGCUGCGGCUCGUCGUCCGCAACCGGAACUGGGCGACGACCAUGAAGAACACGGAGCCGCUGGAGGCGGCGUACAAGUUCGACGGGCAGCAGUUCGACCGCGUGCAGGUCGCCGACAAGGGCGACAAGCACGGCCCCAGGAAGACGCGGGUGUACCGCCUCGUCACGGGCCAGGAGAGCGGCUACGUGUCGCUGGGCAACGCCGGCGUCGCCGCGUACAAGGACCAGAACAAGACCGGGGAGUUCGAGCUGGAGGUGGCGGUCACCGGCGAGGUGCGGUACACGCUGCAGCUGAAGAAGAACAAGCUGGCGGGGACCUGCAAGCUCAAGCUGAAGCUCGACUCGCCGGCGACGGCCGCCGUGGUGUUCGAGAAGGUGAAAUGCAAGCUCGAGAAGGAGAAGAAGGACAAGGAGUAGUUAAUUUGCUAGCUACUGUGUACUGUAUGGUUUUCAUCCAAAGUUCCAAGCAAUCUCUGGCGGCCGGUUGCCAACUUGCCA